UUUUAUAAUGUACGCCAUUUGCACGUGGAAGAGAUCCUGAGUGAAAGGUUACGCAAGUUUAAAGGAAAAACAACCGUGUAAUCGAGCUGAUGGAUAUACUUGUAGAUGAGUCGGAAAUGAAAGACAUGAUAACAGAAGCUGGUGAGGCUUUUCUAUAUCAUGAUGUUCAAGAAGAACUUAUACACUUACAGAAUGACAUUCAUGAUGGAAAUGAUGGGUCUGAAGGUGGUAAGACUUAUAAUGAUGUGGAUGUUGGACCUGAUGGAGAUAAAGGUGAAGAUGAUGAAGACGAUGAUAAUGAUAAUAAUUGUCUGGUUAUCGAUGAAGACCGUGAUUCAGAAAGUGAUAGGACUCAAAAUCAAAGAAUAUUACACAACAGCAACUUCAUGCAUUUCUUAUUUGAUCAAACUCAAAAUGUAGGAAAAGGGUUGUUAAAUGAUUCAUUUACUUUAUUAAAUGAUAAGAUACCUAGCAGAAACAAUUUAUGUCAUGAUCACGAUUACUGCUUUAAUGCAGAUGUAAACAGGUCAAAGGUGGUUAAUUCAAACAAUGUGAAAGACGUAUCUAAGAACAAGAAUGUUGUAGUGAUGCAGAAUCCAUGUGUUGAGGGCUGGGACUUGCAGCAAUCAAUACGGAAAAGAAAUAAUGAAGAUCCAUGCAAUGUAACACAAACAGAUAAUUUGCUACACAAGCAACUUUCUACUAGUAAAAAAUUAAAGAGAGUUGAAGGAAACACAAAUCAUGAAAUAAACGUUUGUUAUAAUGAAAUUAGAGAUAAUCUUAAAUCUAAAGGACAAAUGGUUGAGACAUCAGUGAUAAAAGGAAGUAACUCAAAGCAUGUUAAAUGUUAUAAAAUACAGAAUAGAAGUGGUUCACACAAUGUUAUUUUGGCAUAUUUAGGUGGGCAGAAGAACUUUGUUGAGAUACCAUCGGGUAUGAAUGUAAAUCUCAAUGCUGAGAAAACAAAAACCAUUUUACAAGCAGGUUCAUUAAAACCUAAUAUGAAAAGUCUAAGGCAAAAACCAACAGAUUUAGUUCAAUUGCAUAAGCCAAAUGCAGAUACUAGUAUAUCUCUGACAGCAAAGACUAUGUCUCCUGGAGAAAACACUGAUACAAAUCUGAUCAUAAAAACAAGUGAUAAAUGUGAACAGAAAGCAAUAAAAAGUGUUUUGGAUAGACGUAAAAUAAAAUCUUCAAAGGUACCAAAUGAAGGACAAAUAUCAGGGACUACACCUGUAGUUAAUAUAGUUGAUGUUAGUGAAUGUUCAAAAACAGGAAGCUUUAAAGAAAGUAGACAAUUUGGCAACAUAAAUCAACAGAAAGCAAUAAAAGGUGUUUUGGACAGACGUAAAAUAAAAUGUACAAAGGUAUCAAAGAAAGGACCAACAUCAGGGACUACAGCUGUAGUUCAGUUAGUGGAUGCAAGUAAUGGUUCAAAAACAGGAAGCUUAAAAGACACUGGACCAUUUGGCAACAUAAAUGAGGUUUCAGACUAUGAUAAGAAAACAGAAACACUAUUAAAGAAACAAAUUUUUAACAGCUCCCUGCUUAGAAAAAGAACAGAAAUGUCAACCAACACAACAGGUAAUGUUGAACCAUAUGCAGUUGAGGAAACACAAAUAGGCAAAGUCAGACUGGGCUCUGAUGAGGUACAAAACAAAUCUCUUUCUGGGAGUAGAGUGCCCAAUGAAGUUUUAGUUACAAGAAAAGAUUAUUCUAGUAAGAGAGCAAGUUCUGAAGCAGAGAUUGACAAUCCUUUUGAUGGAUAUAUGCUACGGGACAGUGGAACAGACAGCAGAAUUGAUGUAAGAGAUCAAGAUAACAAUAUUGACAUCGUAAUUAACACAACUGAUCCUGAUGGAAUGCCAAAUGACAAUGAAAUUCCUGGUACUGCUACACAUUCAUUUGUUGAUCCUGAAGCUUACACUGUUGAAGUAAAGGUCCUCGUAUGUGAAGAGUGCUGUUCUGUUUUCAAUAAUGUCACAGAUUAUGAUAAACACCUUCAAACUUGUCAUGUGGAUUCCAAGAAGAGUAAGAUUUGUGGUGUUUGUAGAGUGGCUUUCCCAGAUGUUAAGACCUUGCAUACACAUGAGUGCAAACGUAAUACAGACUGUGUGAAAUAUAUGUGUUACUUGUGUAAAAAGAAAUUCAUGAAGCGUGAUGUUGUUUUGGCUCACAUGAAGAUCCAUUCAGAACCGAAAGAGUUUAUCUGCGAGAUUUGUCAAAAAAGUUUCCUUCAUAAACACCAUCUAGUCACUCACAUGGAUUCUCACACAGAUUUCAGACCCUACAGGUGUCAGGUGUGUCCAGCUGCGUUCAAACGCAGUUCUCAUCUACAAAAACACCAGUUACGUCAUGGACCGGUGAGGGAGAGAAAGUUUAAGUGCCGGCAUUGUGAUAUGAGUUUUUUUGAUAACUACAAACGUGAACGACACGAAAAAGUUCAUUCAUCAUCACCGAAAAAAUUUGUGUGUGAGAUUUGUAACGGAAUGUUCUGGGAAAAAUAUAUAUUAAAGAGACAUAUGCUUAAGGUGCAUUUUGAUGAUUCCAACGAAAAUAAAAUGUCUUCGAAAAGUAAAAGGCAAUUUAAAUGUGGAAUUUGUGGAGCCGUUUAUUAUUGGAAAAAACAUUUGGAUACUCACAUGACUUCUCAUAGUGAUGACGUAAUUAACUCUAAUGUGAAUGUCUCUAACGUCAGUAACCGUGAUAAUGAAAAAGCAGGCGAUGAUUUAUCAAAUAAAUCGGCUGAAACUGACAAUCACGAACUCGCAGGCAGACUCACUGGCAGUGUCGAUAAGGAGAAGGGAAAACCAUGCAGCACCAGAGCUAGUUCAAAAAGAAAAAGAAAAAAGUUUAAUAAAAAUAAGAAAAUGUGAUGAAAAUAUUCAUUUACUGUAAUGUAAGAAUGUUGUUUGUGAGAUUAUAUUAUUAGAUCCGGCAUAUGUUUUAGGAUAUAAAUACUGCUGACACCGGUGCCAGGGUGCUUAAGAGAUAAUAAACAUUACAUGUACAUUAUCUCUCACUAAUAGGCUCAAUACAUCUAGUCUGCAAUGUUCAACUAUUUGGUUGAGGGAUCUUCCUUUCCAUAAUUUUUAUGAAUUGUUGUUAAAAAUACUCUUUGAAUUGUUUAAGCGUAAUCGAUUUUCAACUAUAAUGAUUUUCGACUUUCUGGAACGACAAGAAAUAAAUUUGUUUGCUAGCUUUUCUAUUAAAUUCAUCAAACACAGUCCAUAUACCAAAUGAGAAAACAAAAUCCUCUGUAAAGGUCAUUCCAAUAACAGCUGCUGCAUUUGAGCUUUAUAUUAAUCGUUCGUGAUUUGACUUGACAAGGAAAUUUUUAUGUUUCUAUUUUCUUCAUUUUUGUUCAAUUUCUGGUAUAUUAUGGUGACCUCUCUUGUGAAAAAAAUGACCUCACGUGACUGGGGGUCAUUAUUCUUUUUAAAGUUAUACAUGUAGAUCGAUUGUCAUGAUUUCUGGGGAUCACUGUACUUUGAUACUCCGCACAAUUGUGCCGCUAAUGUUCAUGAUUUUCACUGUUCUUUAUUCAGACAGUGAGUACAGAUAUUUUGAAAUUUCCCCCUUAAAAUGAUAAAUGGAUUUGUUCAGAUUGAA